AAUUCGUCCAAGGUGCUGACGUCACCCCAGACUCUCAACCAAUCAGAAAAGUGUCUCUUGCACCAUAUAAAUUUCAGCCUCAGUUCGCCGCAGUUAUUCGUCAGGGAGACAUUCUGGAAGAUUAUUAUUUUUUUUAUCAAGCAAAAGUAUUCAACUCGAGCUUCCGCCAUGGCUAAAACCGAAAGUGAGAGAAGAAAACUGAAGCCAGUGAUAGAGAAGAAAAGAAGAGAUCGAAUCAAUCAAAACCUUGCCGUGCUCAGAGCUCUGCUGUUCGACAGCACCGCAGAUACGCGUUUACAAAACCCCAAACUGGAGAAAGCAGAAAUUUUAGACCUGGCUGUUCAAUAUAUACGAAAGAACACACAUGACAAAACAGAUAAGAAAGGGUCUGUUAAUCAGACUGUUGUUGAUGUCACACAUACUCAAACAAACUCAUCAAACCCUGGCUCUGCUGCUCACCCCCAUCAAUGUGUUUCGGACUUCACUUCCUUCAUCGGUCAAAAGCACCACUUUGAGAGAGAGAAUUACAGAAUGAGUCUGGAAUACUAUCUGCAUUGCCACCGGGAUCAUUCUUCCAGAGCUGGGAAAGAAUCCGAUACCAAGUCACCCAACUCUCAUACUAAACUCUGCUCAUCUACAACAGUGUCUCAUCCCUACAAACAAGAUCUAAUUUUCACUGAGUCAUGUUCCAUUACUUCUAAAUCUGCCCUCAAAAAUCCCAUUUCCUUUACUUCACCAGAACAGCUCUCCCCUCCACCCUCUCCACUCCGCGUACCUUUUGCUCACCCUGUGCCUCCUCCCUCCUCCUCCCCACCUCUCGUUAUAACAUCAUUCUCUGUGUGCAGUCCUGGGAGUUUACCCCAGCUUCAUAAAUCCAGAGCUCUACCUAUGUCAGCAUCUCUUAAUCUGGAAACAAGAGAAGUGCUCACUCCAUCCCAAACAACAUGGAGACCGUGGAGCUGAAAUGGUAUGGAGUGCUGAUAUCUCAGAUCUGACCAAGAGGAAACAAUAUGGUGCUCAUAGACACCUCUAGUGGACACGUGUGGUACCUGAAGGACAGAAUAUUUGCAGUCAUUCAGCUGGCAUUCUUUUUAACAAAGUCCAAAUGCCUUUGAAAGGCAUUUCAAUGUUUUGAUGUACAUACAUGAUCUAUUUAUUGACAAAUGUGGAUGCCUCUAUAGGCACCUCACUGUUUGUACAUGUAUACUGCAAAUAGUAUUUUACUGUAUUGUCACCAGUUAUUA